CAGGUUCUACACACAAACACACACCAUCAGAGAGAGUUAGCAGUGAGUUCAAAUUAAUAUUGUAUUACUUAUUAUCAUAUUGAAGUCUGAGCAGGGUUUGGCAUAACUAACAGACUGAUGGUUUGGGCGGGCUGAUUGGUCAGAGACCGUGUUUCCAAUAAUCACAGUGACGAGUACGGCAGGAAAGAAAAUCCCAUCAUUGAUUUUUUUCCUCCUGUCACAUUAAAGGAAGCGUGACAUCACUGAAAUAAAGACGCUGUUAUUCGUGUCUGCAGAAACGUGACGACAGACUUUCAACUGCCAAAAAGUCGUUAAGGACAACAGAGGGGCCGUAGCCUAAAGAGGCAUCAGUUUAUAUUAAUGACCAAAUCUUAUGAACAUGUGUGGAGAUCAGAAAAAGUAUGCGUGUAUGUGUGUCUCACCAAACUGCUCAGUGCAUUUCUGGGCGUGUGCGUGUAACGAGGCGUUCGACCUCCUGGGGCCAAAAUGGCGGAAACAUCUGGAACCCUGGGAGUGACUGAGACAGAGAGGUGAGGAAGGAGUGGGGAUUUAGACAAAGCUGAAUCUCUUUAAUAUGGGAGCUGUGUGUUCAUGCCAUACCAGCCUGUCUGAAGAGUGAAGCAGGGGUGUUUCUCAGCAGGGGGCGGGCCGGCGUCACUGUAGAAAUGACGGGGCUGCCGGGUGACGGGACUGAGAGCAACAGUCAGGAAAACAGCAGCUCCGACUGCAUUAAAUAACAAACCGGCAUUUGCCACACAAUAAAACUCAAACAAUUAAAGCUACAUCGAGUUCAAGCCCUCUUCCAACAUCCUCAGGCUACCAUACUAAAACACCUCACCUGCUCCAGAGCAGGUUAUGUUCAGAGUUUUGCUUUAAAAUCAGUUUUAAGUGUGAAACAGAUUCAAAUCUUACCAAACAAAGCGCAACAGCUAAAAUCUGUCGCACUGUCACUGGAAUCUGGAUACGUUCAGCUGGUUACGCAGAAAAUCGGUACACAUUUUUAUUGCUAAUCUGCCAAAUCUGUUUCACUCUGCUGGAAGUGCAGCAAACUGUGAUACUGCGCUCUCCGACUGGGGUUUUAGGAUUUGUCGAGCCAGCUAAUGCAAAGAAAGCUGGGCACUGUUGCACUUGCUUUAUAAUAACCUCCCUGGAAAUUUUCCCCACGACUCGAUAAUGAGGGAGAUUUCUGCACCGUACAGUGACAGACACACGACGGCCUGCUUCCAAUCCGACCCAUAUACCCUGUCCCGGCUGCACUUUGAAUGAAUAACAUGAAAUGGAAAUUUGGACAUGAUUUGUAAGCCUGUAGAUUAUACGAAUUUUUGUUUUAUUUUAAAAUGCCAAAUAUUAAACAACAUAAUAAGUGGAAUCUCCUUAUAACAUGUUUCUUUAAAAAAGGUUGCUUGAAUGAGUGUAAUAAGGUGCAUUUUUCAAUAAUAACUAAUCUUCUCACUGUAACAGCUGGGCUCCAGAACCCCCUCAACCCUAAAUGAACAAACGGUGAAGAAUAACAGUUUAAAUCUCUCAAGUUCCUGUUUCAGAAAGGUGAGGGCAUCCUAAACCUUGCAGCUACAUUUCUACCCUUCCCCUUUAUUAAAAAGCCCUUCAGCAGCUGCUGGUGUGACUCCACACUCGGCUGGUGUAGCAGCCGGACUGGAAGCAGGUCAAAGUUUUCCUGAUGCAGGAUACAGGCCACCUUCUUCCUCCUCCUGCGGGCAGCAACCGUCACCUCGUCAUCUCGAACCACCGGCGACGGCAGCUCACUCUGACCCCUGCAGGACAAGUCAAAGCACCAAAAGAAAAAAAUACUUUAACUACAGAGGGCAGGGAAGACAUUCCUCCGGCACGCCGGCGUGGGAUUUGGCACUGCAGAGGCCGGGAGUGGCGCUUCGAACGCGGGGAAGAGCCGCGCGCACAGACCGGUACUUCCUGGGGGUUUGUUUGGCUGCAGCGGGGCGAGACGGAGGAUAAGCAGGGACACAGAUGGAAAGAUGACCCCAGUGUGAGCAGCUCGGCUAAGUUAAACAAAGCUCAGCUUGAGUAAGUUUAACUCGGAGGCCUCCGGGAUUAUGGCUGCCAGCUUUUUAGCCAACAGGCGCAUCAUCGCCGGCCUGCUGGUCAACCUGCUCUCAUCCAUCUGCAUCGUCUUCAUCAACAAAUGGAUCUACGUACACUACGGCUUCCCCAACAUGACCCUGACUCUGGUUCACUUCGUGGUCACCUGGCUGGGACUCUACAUCUGCCAAAAAAUGGAUGUUUUCGCUCCCAAAAGCCUUCCGAUUCGCAGGAUUGUGUGGCUGGCGCUGAGCUUUUGUGGGUUCGUGGCCUUCACCAACCUUUCCCUGCAGAACAACUCGAUAGGGACGUACCAGCUGGCUAAAGCUAUGACCACUCCUGUCAUCAUCCUCAUCCAGACCACCUACUACAAGAAGACCUUCUCCACUAAGAUUAAACUUACCCUGGUACCCAUUACAUUAGGAGUGAUAUUGAACUCCUACUAUGAUGUGCGGUUCAACCUGUUGGGGAUCGUGUUUGCGUCUCUUGGUGUUCUGGUGACGUCACUUUACCAAGUGUGGGUGGGGGCUAAGCAACAUGAGCUCCAGGUGAACUCCAUGCAGCUUUUGUACUAUCAGGCUCCUCUGUCAUCAGCCUUCCUGCUCUGCGUCGUUCCCGUGUUUGAGCCGCUGACUGGAUCCGGAGGAAUAUUUGGACCCUGGUCUCUGCCUGCUCUGAUGACUGUGCUUUUCUCCGGCGUGGUGGCGUUCCUGGUCAACCUAUCUAUCUACUGGAUCAUUGGGAACACCUCAGCUGUCACCUACAACAUGUUUGGUCAUUUUAAAUUCUGCAUCACUCUGGUUGGUGGAUACCUGCUCUUCCAUGACCCGCUAUCACUCAACCAGGCGUUGGGGAUCCUCUGCACUCUGGCAGGUAUCCUGUCUUACACUCACUUCAAGCUGAUGGAACAGGAAGAGGGGAAGAGCCGGCUGGCUCAAAGACCGUAGGCUGUCUUUACGUCUCGCUCUGCUGCACAGACUCCGGCCAUCCUCAGUGAGACCGGUUGCAGAUACCUCUCUACAUAUUUUUACUAUUUUUAUUACAGUUUUUUUUUUAGAAGAGAAGGGAUUUCAUCGUGGAUGUCAGAUUUAAAUGUGUACGUCAACACUGCUGUUCGUGCUGUUGCUCCGCAGCACUGAUGCAAACAUCUUAAAGGAACCUGAAGCUCAUCACAAAGGCAGCUGGAUUUUCAGCUUCUCAAGUGUUAACUCACUUUCUUCACACAGCUUUAACACAGAGGGAUUCAGGACUUCAGAUUCAGAUGUUUCCUUCAGAGAAAUCCCUGCUGCUGCUGUCUGUCACGUCUACGUUCAGUGGGUGUGGUUUAAACCAAUCAACCAAUCAAAAGAAGGCUGUCAUCACACUCCGUUAAAGACCUUCAACAAGACACCAAACCUUCAUCUGCUGCUGGACGCUGAUGCUGCCUUGAGAAUAAUGUUAUAAUCAUAAUGAUAUUACAAAAUUGCAUCAUCUGCUGUUUUUCUGAUUUUGCUACUCAGAUCAGCUGUAGCGUUGAAGGACUUCCACAUUUGUGAUCCGGCAGACGUGAAACCGAUCGGAAUCCGUCGGCGUGUGAUCAGCGGUCCACGUGGAUUCGUUUAAACCAUCUGUCGGGUCCCAUCUGUGAGCGAUCAGUCAGUGAACGAAACCGUUGGCUUUAAAGUGAAAUGCUAAGGAUUUUCUUACUAAAUGAUCUCAGUGACCUGCAGAGCAUGCACACAUCGAUACUCGCAAACACCGCUGGCGUUUUCCAAAGAUGAUGGUGGCCAAGCCUCUUCUGUUGUCGGUCUCUCUGUAUAAACGGUUUCUGUGCACUUGUAAUUGCCAAUCAAAAGCCAAUAACUCACAAACUGUAUAAACUGGUAAAUGAAGUUUAUUAUUUGGUUAAAAAGUUAUCCGUCCCAUUCCAAAUAUAUUUUUGCACCGUAGGCUUGUACCAUCUGUUGUUUGAGGAACAGUUUGUAUUCAGACAGAAAUGAGUUAAAUUGAAUUGGUUUAUAAACUCUGAUGGUUUCUUCCAUUCUGGAGCUCCUCUUCCUCAGCUGUAACGAGCGUCUCUGGCUUAAAGUGGCUCGUCACAGUUCCUCACAGCUGAGCUCAGUGUGUAACAUUUGGGUGGCUCUUCCUUGCCUCUGAGAGUCGACUGGUUUCGCUGCGUGUUUGAAAUGUGGCCGUGCGCACACUGCUUUGACUCGCCCUUCAAAUCAGAAAUUCCCCCGAUGAAUGCGCUCAUCUGUUUUUGUUUGUUGUUUACAGUCUGCAGCAUUUUCAUUUCAGAUUUAGCCACAUUCAUGCUCCUGUAAUUUUCUUGGAUCCGUAUUCUUUGACAGAAUGUCUUAGAUUUCCCAGCUGUUAUUUACUGAUUGCUACAUUUUAUUUUUUUUUUGUCUGAUUCUUUAUCUCGAUCCUUUCACGCCACAUUGGAUGGAUAGGAUCCUCUGACUGUGGGUGCGGCUCUGUGAAGCAUGGUGCUCUGCUACAUAUUUAGAGAAAUCUUCACUUUUCCAAUUAACUGUUGAAAUAAAACCAAUCUUCUGCACCUACAGCGAUUUCUUCUUUGGACCACUGUACAGUGUGACAGCCUCACACUGAGCGUGCUCAGUAGCUCUUCCCAGUUUAUAUUUAAUUCACUUCACUUUCAGACUGUUGAAUAAAAACUAAUUUAGUGGAAGUUUGUAGAGACAUGAAUGCAUCAUCAUGCAUUAGUUUUUAUGCUUUUUCUUAUUUUCUGCCAUAAAUGCAGUGGUAGGAUGACUGCCUGUGUUAAAGGUCAGUGUGUCAGUAUGCAUCCAUUUUUACCUGCUCUGUGCUCAGUAGUAAGUGAGAAGGGAUUUCCACAAUAUGGCUGUGUCAUGCACAGAAGCCCAGCCCACCUGCCGUUCAAACCUUCUGUUUGUUAGAGGCAGCCAAUCAGAGGAGGGAGAGGAUAAACUCAGGGGCUGCACCACGGCUCAGUAUGAGAUAAUGGAUUAUUUUGAACUUUGAAUCAUGCAAAGUUACUGCUGUAGCAUCAAAUAUGCAGCUGAAAAGGUCCAGCUUUAACAUAAUCUUAGAAUGAUGCCUGAGCCUGUCACCUUAAUCCCGGGUACAAAACUCACAAUCUCAAAACUGCAGGAUUAUUUACACAACCUGUUUAGGAAGAGCAGCAUUUUCAAUAUUACUCAUUCAAACAUGACAUCCAAAUAAAGUAGACAAGUUUAAACUGCAAUAAGCAUGUUGACCUGCUACAUUAUAACCACACAGUGAAAAGAAAAUCUGUAAAAAACAGCAUGGAUGAUGUACCAGGACAUUUUUUACAGUUUUUUUAAGUGCAGUUCUCCUGUGAACGGCCUUCUUGUGUAGCUUUCCGGGGUUUUCCUCAUAUGUGUGUCUCAUUCAUACUGUGCCAAUA